CAGGAACCUCUCUCCCCGCCAAUGAUAUACACGUUGACUAGAGGUUCGCUUAUCGGCUCUACCCGUAAGCUACGCUACUCUUCUUCUGUUUCUUAUGAUUAUCUGAGAUGUCUUUAUCCUCUGUUGAGAAAUCUGAGCACAGCUGCUCAGAGAUUGGGUUUUGAAAACCCUAAUAAUGGAAAUCCGAUGGAUAAUUCUUCACAUCACAUUGGUUAUGUAAAUGGGUUUAACAGUGGCGAACAAUUGUUUGGUGGGUUUCAGCACUUAAACCCUGUUUCUGUGCAGAAUCCGAAUAGGUUUUAUCAAAACUGUUCCAAUCAGAAUCAGAGUUAUGAGAUUUGUUAUCAGAGACAUCAAAAUUGGCAAACUAGUGAUGCUUGUUCCUCAUAUGGUACUGGUCAGCAAGAUCAUAGUGGUCAUAGCUCCUUGGACGAAUUGGAUGCGAUUUGCAGAGAAGGGAAGGUGAAAGAAGCUGUUGAUAUUAUUAAGUCAUGGAGAAACGAGGGUUAUGUUGUGGAUUUACUCAGGCUUUUGUGGAUAGCACAGCUUUGUGGAGAUGCACAAGCUUUACAAGAAGCCAAAGUUGUUCAUGAGUUUAUUACUUCUUCGGUUGGGACUUCGGAUAUCAGCGCUUACAACUCGAUAAUCCAAAUGUACUCUGGUUGUGGGUCUGCAGAAGAUGCAUUAACCGUGUUCAAUAGCAUGCCUGAGAGAAACUUGGAGACUUGGUGUGGUGUUAUAAGGUGUUUUGCAAAGAAUGGGCAAGGGGAAGACGCUAUUGAUAUUUUCUCUCGGUUUAAAGAAGAAGGAAACAGACCCGAUGGUGAAAUAUUCAAAGAUAUCUUCUUUGCCUGUGGUGUUCUUGGUGACAUGAACGAGGGGCUGUUGCACUUUGAGUCGAUGGUCAAAGAGUAUGGAAUUUUCCCUUCUGUGGAACAUUACGUGAGCCUCGUUAAAAUGUUGGCGGAACCUGGUUAUUUAGAUGAAGCCUUGAGAUUUGUUGAAUCGAUGGAACCAAAUGUCGAUUUGUGGGAAACACUGAUGAAUCUAUCACGGGUUCACGGGGAUUUCAUUCUUGGCGACCGGUGUCAAGAUAUGGUAGAGCAGCUUGAUGCAAGUAGACUAAACAAAGAGUCAAGGGCGGGUCUUGUACCGGUCAAAUCAUCGGACCUAGUAAAAGAGAAAUUACAGAGAAUGGCCAAAGGGCCAAAGUAUGGGUCUCGACAUAUGGCAGCUGGAGAUAUUUCUCGUCCAGAAAACAGAGAGUUCUAUAUGGCAUUGAAGAGUCUAAAGGAGCAUAUGAUAGAAAUUGGUUAUGUACCAGAAUCUAAACUUGCAUUGCACGACGUGGACAAAGAGAGCAAAGACGAAAACCUUUUUAAUCAUAACGAGAGAUUCGCUUUCAUCAGGACAUUUCUUGACACUCCUGCGCGUUCAACAAUACAAGUGGUGAAAAAUAUACGUGUAUGCGUUGAUUGCCAUAACGCAUUGAAGUUGAUGUCAAAGAUAGUUGGGAGAGAGUUGAUUUCGCGAGAUGCAAAGAGGUACCACCAUAUGAAAGAUGGUGUUUGCUCUUGUAGAGAUUAUUGGUAACAUCUAAACAUAUAUGGGUGUUACAAUGGAAA